AUGAUGCGUUAUAGCAGUAUUAUUUUCCUUUUUAUUCAUGUCCAUACCUUAUACGCAGAUUUCAUAUCGAAUAUUAACGUACAAAAUCAAGGUUUUGAUUUUAUUCCUGCUAAUCCAAUUGAGUUAUUUCAAACAUAUUCAUCUGUUUCUUCUGCAUUCAAAUGUGCUCUUCGAUGUCAUCAAGAUCCUCAAUGUCGUACAUACGUUUAUGAUUUGUCCAUUUGUCAACUCUAUCAAGGCUCUUCUGAUACAGGUUCCAUUGUUCCAUCACCUUCGACUACUCGUAUUGUUGGUGCAAUCAACUAUAAGAACAUUAAUGUGGCAUCAGCUUAUAAUCAAUCAUGUGAUCAUUGUUUUCCUGAUCGAUAUCUUGUCUGUCGAAAUAAUACAUGUCAAUGUCCAACAGGUACUUUUUACGAUAAUCAAGGUCAUUGUCUUAAUCAACUGUAUGCUGAUUCAACACUGACAUGUGAAGAUGAUAGUUGGUGUAAUCAAGCAUUGAAUCUAAGCUGUCAAUGUGGAAAAUGUCAAUGUCCAAAUGGAUAUGUUUGGAGAAAUAAAACAUGUAUACCACAAUUGAUGAGUGGAAUAUCCUGUAAUACAAGUGAUGACUGUAGAAAAGAUCUUCAUCUGAUGUGUUCACAAAACAAUAAAAUAUGUAUACCACAAUUCAUGAGUGGAAUGUCUUGUAAUACAAGUGAUCAAUGUCGAAAUGACCUUAAUCUUGUUUGUUCACGCAAAAAUAAGACAUGUAUAUCGAUGACUGUGGUGCCAAUGCCUGUUAUGACUGGAACACUUCCUGCCAAGUUCUCCUAUGUUGAUAUGGCAUUUAACGUUUCUGGCGAAGAGUGGUGGCGGGCUUUUGAUAAUAAUAUUUACAGUUUCUGGAAUCGAAUGGGUGGUAUGAAUGUCUUAGAUUAUAUAUUUUUAACUUUCAAUGACACAUAUCUCUUGGAUUCUAUACAACUAACAGUAACUGGUGAUAUAACUCAUGAUCCACGAACACUUGGUAUGUAUAUGGAUGAGAAUGGAACAUGUUUAGGUGAAUCAUUUUGGUUUCCAAAGAGUAACAGUAGCUGGUAUACUUAUCCAAAAUAUUAUUUCAACAAAAGUGCAAAAGCAUUAGUAACAAAUCAUCUGUUGAUGUCUAUUGAAAGAUGGUCUAUAUACCAAGUAUGCCUUGCGGAGCUAACGUUUUUUGGUGGCUUAUAUUAA